CCUCAUCACGGCCAUGGUAACCUCUGCCCUGGCUUAGUUCAACCGCCUCCGCCGCCGUUUUCGCCUCCCCGCCAUCUCUCCCGACCCUACCAUCUAGCCUGCCUCCCCAAAAAAUUUUCUAAGCCCAUCGAAGAUGGGGAAGAAGAGAGAGAGAAGACGACAAGAAGGAAAAAAAUUGAGUGUUCUAACAUUUGAGCGUUGUACAAUAUUUCUCUUUUUUAUGAACUUUGCUUAAACUUCAGACCAUUUGACACUAUUCUAGAAUUUCAUAAUUUUUUUUGGGACCAAAGACGGUCCAUUUUCCCAUGUUUUCUAAAGACUAAGUUCAUUUUUCUUACUAGGAAAAUAUCUACACACGUGGAGUAGCAUCAGUUUACUAUAGUACUAAGCACGCAUGGUUUGGUGGAGUAACUAAUAUCCAGUAGUAGGCACGAUAGGAACGCAGCUGCUCCAGCUGCAUUCAGCAGAGCUGGCUGAGGAGCCAGGUGUUCACCCCUUUCGCCACUUCGCUUCGCCUACCAACCAGAGAGCCAACCUCCGCGUCCAAGAUCUCUCCCCCUGCCCCCCUGAUCCACGCCGCGGUGGUCGUCGAGGCGCAAUGGCGACCGACGCGAUCCUGGAGACGAUCAAGCCGCGGCGGAGCGAGGACGAGCAGCUCCCGGUGACCACGCCCGGCGCCGCGGGAACCAAGGCGGGCGGCGGCGGCGGGAUCGGUCUGCGCCGACGCAUGUCGUCGUUCUCGGUGCACGUGAGGCCGCCGCCGUCGCUGUCGCUGUCGUCGUCGGUGGCGGCGUUCCGUCGCGCGCGGUCGAUGCCGUCCGUGAAGGCGCUGGCGGCGGCGGGCGCGCUGCGGCGGUGGUGGGAGUGGGGGCUCGGCUGGGUGACUGCGCCGUUCGCGCCCCGCGGGCUGGACCACCUCGACGACGAGGCGCGGCCGCUGGGCGGCGGGUGCAGCUGCGCCGGCGGGGCCGCGGGCGGUGGGUGGCGGCACGUCCUGUUCAAGCUCCGCGCCGGGGCCCGACGCCUGCUGGGCCGCGAUGGGCGGCCGCUCAAGGCCGCCGCGCCGCAGGACUUCGGGUACGACUCCGUUAGCUACAAGCAGAACUUCGACGACGGCGAGGCGUGAGCGUGAUCUUGUCGAGCCAUCGAGGAGGUGGGAGGUGGGAGAGCCAUGGGGAGCGGGCGGAUCCGCCUCCCACGGCAUUGUUGCUUAUUUGCUUGCCGUGAUCGAUCGAUCGAGCUGCCGCAAUAAAGCAAUUGAUGAUUUUGUGGUGGUGUAUAUGGCAUCCUAUAUAUAUACAUAUAGCAUGGUAAUUUGUGUGUGUAUGAUGGCAUUUGACAUCGAUCGAUCUUGGAAGAAAGAUGAUCGAUCGAUCGAUCGUUGCCGCAAGUUGGAGACCACGAACAUGUAACUAGUGUUGUUUCCUUGUUUUUGGCCGUCGUUGCCGUUUAGCACUUUAGCUUCAGUCUUGCUCCAUGAAUGAAGAACACGCCAUGGAUUCGGUCGGAUCCUGGACAGGGCAAGCAGAUGUAAUAAUUCAAUUCAAAGCGGUGUCCUCCAAAGCAAUGGAAUCGCAGCAAGCAUUUGUGA